AUAAUUUUGAUGUUUUAUGAUGUUUAAUUUAAUGAUUUUUUUAUGAUUAACAUUUGAUUAAAGAAAAAUCAAAUCAUCCACCAUUUGAAUCAUCCACACCAUUUAUGGAUGUGGAUCAUAUUUUUUUUUCGCUUGUUUGUGAAACUUAAAAUUCCUUUUCAAAAAAUGCAAUCAAAUUGGCCAUUGAAAGCACAUUAUCUUUUUUGGUUUGGUUCGUUAAGCGGUAUUCUACCAUUUGUAUCAAUAUUUGCACGUGAACAUUUACAGAUAUCCGCUGAAUCUGUUGGUAUUUUAUUCUUUAUUUUACCAUUUAUUGUUUCAAUUAUAAAACCAUUAAUAUGUUCAAUCGGUGAUCGUUAUAAUUGUCAUUCAAUUAUAUUGAUUAUUUCACAAAUAUCAACUAUUUUCGGUUAUGGUUUAUUAUUGAUAAUACCAUGGUUAUUACAAUGGAUAACAACGGAAAUUCUUUGGUGGUUUUUCUGUCUGCUAACAUUGAUUGCAAAUACAGCAAUGGGUGCCGGUAUUUCAUUAACCGAUUAUUUAGUUAUUAAUGAAGUUGAACAAUUAAAACGUUUUAAACAAAAUAUCAGUUAUGGUAGUUAUCGUAUUUGGGGAACAGUUGGUUAUGGAAUUUUUGGAAUAUUAUCCGGUGUUAUAAAUGAUCAUCCAGGUCAUCUGCCAUAUCUUAUACCUGGUUUGAUUAUGUUUGUUGCCAUUGAAUCAUUGGAUCUAUUUACUAUAUGGCAGUUUUAUCAUCGACGUACCGUAUUGAAACCAGAUCUGAAUCCAGAAUCCGGAACAAUAACAACAACAACAACCGUUGCAAAUUCGAAUGAAGAAAAAUCAACCGGAAUUAUUUGGUCUGUUUUGGAAAUUUUCAAUCAAAUCAUUCGAUUAUUUCGUCAAUAUCCAACUUUGAUACAACAUUCUUUGAAUAUUUUUAUAUUCGGCAUACUAACUGCAUUUCAUUGGUCAUUCUUUUUCUGGUACCUGGAAGAUUUACGUGGUAAAGAUGCAUUACUUAUGGGUCUUUGUUUAUUAGUUGAAAGUUUUUUAGGUGAAAUACCAAUAUUUUAUUUUGCACAUUAUAUUAUUGAAUAUUUUGGUUCAAUUUGGUCAUUAUGUUUAGCAUUGGCUGCAUUUACAUUACGUUACAUUGCUUAUGGUUAUUGGUUAGAACAAAAUAAUGGUCUUUAUUGGGAUAUAUUAUUGGUUGAAAUUUUACAAGGUCUAACAUUUUCAUUAUUUUAUUCAGUUAUGACAUAUGUUGCUAAUUAUUAUGCUGAUAAAUGUGAUAAAUUUAAUAAUCAAAAUGACCAAAAACAACAACAACAACAACGACAAAUGAUAAAACCAAGUGCAACAAUGCAAGCAUUAAUGUCAGCUUGUUAUGAAGGUAUUGGUCUUGGUGUUGGUUCAUUAUUUGGUGGUUAUAUAACACAGAAUUAUGGUAUACGAACAAUAUGGCGUAUUGGUGCAUUUAUCAGUAUCGGUUUGAUUGGUUUGAAUAUUUUGAUUGAAUUGAUUAAAAUGAAUAGGAAAAAGAAAUGAUGAUUUUUUUGGAAUUAAAA